CCGAAGUUCACGGCGUUUGGGGAUUCCCUCAACGCCGAAGGCUGGUAGACAUUCAAAAGUGCAAAGUCUUGCAUUACGGAACAGAAAACGUUUCCCAAAAUAAUGCUAAAGAUACAUACAGCAGCACAUUUUCUCCGCGUUGUCAUAAGCCCAAAAUCUUUACAGUAUCGACCCAAAAUCCAGUACGCUCACUUUUUCCGAUUAUUGCGAUCUGGUGACGCUUCGAAACGGAACAUCAAUUCUACGAUUGAGAGGUCGGUCCAGAAUGUGUUAUCAGGGUCGAAUUUGACUCACGCGACCAGAAUAAUUAAGACCUGGUGACGACAUGCAGAUAAAUUAGCCCGUGCCUACAAAUACCCCACAACGUGCUUUGAUCUCCUUUAGGGUCAACGCGCAAAACCUUUGCUCCGGCAGCUUCGCUGAGAGAGUCUAAUGCAAUAAUUUUUUAUUUUCUAAAGAAAAAAAAAAUCCCUACGUUCAGGCCAAACGGCAUAAUAUUGCUCUCAAAAUUUGCCUUUUGGUCACGCCGCUUCAAGCAUCUCGCGGUGUCGCUUAGGUAGCAGGAAUAUCAAAAACUCGUUCAGUAUGGACCAACUCCGCCUUGCGGUAUUUUUUACUCCCGAACUGUUGAACAUCAUACUGCUUCACUGUGAUCCAUUGGACCUAUUGCGCCUGCAGAGGGUUUGUCGCCGGUUCAGAGACUCCAUCGUCUCCACGAGAACCAUUCGACGCCAGCUCUUCCUCGAAGCUGAUCCAUCAUGCCUCAUAGUGAAUGACGGCGCCAGCGAAGACGGCGACGCGUGGGAAAAGAUCACACCCAACAACGGCUGGAGCGCCGUGCGGCCAAAUCCAUUGGUUGUUCGGAUCUUUCGAUCUCCCUCUGACAGAAUGGGCUACAGCAUAAGUGGCGAGACCAUUUACGAGAAGUGGUCGAUCGAGAACCAGCUGGCCCGCUGGGACGAGCAAAAGUUCUUGCUCGUUCAUCUGCUGCAGGAGACAAAAUCCAGCGGGUCUUGGUCAGACACAUCCGCUAGCUGGCGGUCGAUGACGUUCACGCAGCCACCCAUCACACACGUCGCCGUCUUUAUGGCCUCGCCACGCUACGCUGGGGAAGAGUACCCGCGCUCCCCCGACUUCAGAAUAGUCUCGGAUCGACAGGGAGUCAGAUUAGGCGACAUCGUGGACCACAUUCGAGCAAGAGCUACGACUCCGUUCCUGGAGGGCGCGCCUCUUGCAAUCGCAGUCCUAAAUCUGGCCAGAUUUGAACGGAUUUACAGCGCCUGUUAUCACGCCUUUUCAAGGUAUAAAAUUUCCUUCCCAUCGACACACUCAUAAGAUUCAAUAGCUCGAGGGUAUUCCGAUUUAUCUGAACAUUCGAAUUCAUCACCUUCCUCACCCUCCCCGGUCCAACAAAAAACAGUGAAAUCUCCGAUUCUGAACGUAAGUAAGAGCGUCGCAGUGGUAGCUUAGCCAAAAUCAUAUACUUGAAAAAAAAAAGGCUAGGUCAAAUAUAUCUGAUUCAUAAUCACACAACAUGCAGUAAUCUAUCAUGAUAAGAGCGAAGCAUACGUAUUCCCGAUGCGGCAUAUUCAUUGACCCUUCCAA